UAUAAAUAAAUUAGAAUCCAAGUAAUUGUAAUUUUAGAAGUUUUCGAAUGUGACAAAUACAUAAUGUUAUUUCAAAUUACAACGGUGUAACGUUUUGGCGGUUUUCCGUGGGGGACAACAUUUCCCAUAAUGCAUUGUAUUCUUGCCCGGGAAGUUGACGGUGGCAGUUCUAGCUUCAUGCGUUUGAACUUUCUACUGUCCGUUUCUACCGGUUGUCGUAUUCGCCGGUAAUGCACGUGCGUAUUAUAUCAGACUGCAAAGAGCGCUACAGAGAGUCAACAUUUCACCAGUUGUCAGUGGGGGUGAAGUUGGCCCAAUGGAGUGGAAAUGCAAGUUGUGUUCUGCAACUUCAAAUACUCGGGGACAAUUAUUUUGGCACUACACUGUAUUGCAUACCCAAUAUUCACGAGUGUCCCCCCUGCCAUGUCUCUAUGACAGUUGCAUUUGUACUUUUCCAUCAUUCGAGGCAAUGAAAGCUCAUCUGUCAAGAUCACAUAAUGAUUCACAUAGAGUUGAUGCAACUGAAGGAGCAUGUGGUUGUUUUAUAUGUCCUUUGUGUAACUUCACACAGCCCUUUUCUGAGGGAAUUCUGUUUGGUCAUUUGAGAAGUCAUUUACGAAGUCAUGAGAUGGUACCAUGCCCAUUCAAAAACUGUAAUUACAGAACAAAUAGUUACUCAGCAUUUAAUGCACACAAAAGUAGAAAACAUAGUGGUGAUUCAGGCUUUGGUGAAUGUGUUGUAUUGGCAUACAACGAUAGCGCCCCAGAGCUAGUUGCAGCAGAAAGUCUUCGGGAACCUGCUGAAACUCACAGUCCAGGGUCUGCAGACACAUUUGAUCUCGAUGAGAUAAACAGUCAGUGUGACCCAGACAUGUUAAAGGCCCAGCUGAACCAUAACUUGGCAUCGUUAUUUCUAAAGAUGCAAUCUAUUCUUCAUGUGUCAGACAUGGCAUCUCAGGAAAUAGUGGAACAUUUGACUCAGAUAUUUUUAUUGUCCCAACCGAUACUCAAACAUGACAUCAGAGAGGUCUUAGAGAGUCAUGAUAUCACUGUCAGUGAAGCAAUUCUAAAUGAGGCUGUCAGUACUGUUAUGGACUGCAAUGUUAUUGUCAGUGCCACAGCUAAGGGGAAGCAGUUAUCCUCAACCAAGAGAAGGAAAACCUUCAUUGAAAAUAAUUACCCUGUGGUAAAGCCUGUACAGUAUCUGCUACAGCCAGGACACACAGCAGUACAUGUUCCCAUUCUCAAAAUGAUACAAAAAAUCUUCAGUCAUACAGAUAUUCUUGAUAAAAUUAAAGAAACAAAGGUAGCACAAAACGGUGUCUAUGUAAGCCACCAAGAUGGUUUGUACUUCAAAGAGAACACAUUCUUGUCUUCAGAUGAGUUCAAAAUAACACUAAUUUUGUACAUUGAUGAUUUGGAGAUAGCCAAUCCACUUGGCACAUCGCGCAAAAUACACAAAAUCUGUUCAGUAUACUGGAUGCUUGCUGAUCUUCCCAGUAAAUACCGAUCAGCCUUGCAUGUGAUUCAGCUUGCUGCUUUAUGUAAAGUGGCUGACAUCCAGACAUUUGGGUAUGAAAAAGCACUUGGUCCUUUGUUGAGAGACCUCCGUACCCUUGAACAAGAUGGGAUAUUCAUUGAGUCUAUUGGUAAGGUAGUUCAAGGAACAGUCAUGUGUGUGGUGUGUGACAAUCUUGCAGCCCAUGAGUUGGCAGGCUUUUCAAAGUCUUUUAGAGCAGAACACUUUUGCAGGUUCUGCAAUGCAACACAAGUUAAACUUCAGACUCAUGAAGUUGCAAGCGGCGAGUUCAGUCUUAGGACAAAAGACAGCCAUAAUAGUGAUGUGCAUGCCGUAAUGCAUGGGGUCAGUCGGAGUCAAAAUGGUGUUCAGGCAGAUUGUGUCCUGAGACAGCAACUAGAGCAUUUUCAUACUGUCACUGGCUUUCCACCUGAUGCCCUCCAUGAUCUUUUGGAGGGCAUUGUGCCCACAGAGCUCGCCCUGUGUAUUGGAGAGAUGAUCCGUCGCAAAUACUUCACCCUUGAAUAUUUGAAUGACAGAAUUCUGUCAUUUCCCUACCAAGGAACAGACAAGCUUGAGAAACCUCAUAAAAUACCACAGAGCUUUGCUUUAAAGAAAAGCAUUGGUGGUAAUGGCCAUGAAAAUGCCACAUUGCUUAGACUGCUCCCUUUGAUUAUUGGAAAUGCUGUUCCUGAAGAGGAUGGGAUAUGGACUGUGCUAAUGGACUUAAAAGAGGUAGUAGAGUUAUCACUGUCCUCAGAAUUCACAGAGGAGUCCAUCCAGUAUUUACAGUCGAAGAUCCAAGAUCAUAGACAGAUGCUGAAAGAAGCCUUUCCAGAUUUCAAACUCCGUCCUAAGCAUCACUACAUUGAACACUAUCCUGACCUUAUACGUCUUUUUGGGCCCCUUGUACACUUGUGGACAAUGAGGUUUGAGGGAAAACACAGUUUUUUCAAGAGAGUUGUACACGAUACACAAAACUUUAAAAAUGUGUUAAAAACACUCGCCGACAGGCAUCAGUACCUGGUAGCAUUUCAUCUCAGUGCCUCAGGAUUCUUCAGACCUCACCAGCAAGCAUCAAAUGUCUCCUCUGUACUGGUAUCAAUGCUUCCAGAUGUUGCAAAGACGUAUGUUAAACAAAUAACAGCAAGCAAUGUUAUUUACAGCACAUCAAAGAUCUGUAUUGAUGGAACUGAUUAUAAUGUAGGAAUGUUUUUGUCUGUUGGACAAGAGGGAGGACUGCCUAAGUUCUGUAGAAUUGAACAGGUUCUCCUGGUUAAUAGUAGUGUUGUCUUUCUUUGCCAAAGGCACAUAUCGCACUACAUUGAACACCUGAGAUCUUACGAACUUUUCCCAAAUAAUCUGGCUGUUCACACCCCAUCAGAGCUAAAUGACAAAACACCUCUCUGUGCUUACAACGUAGAUGGAAGAUUGCUCUUGACACCAAAACGUUUCAUAUUAUUACAGUGAAGAUUUGUUGAAGCAGGUUAACAGCUGACUUCAACAUUCUCUUGGAGCUGUCCUGAGCAGUGGGUCCAUGAAUAAACUGCCUCACUCCAGCAGGUGUCCUUCCAUACUUCCCAUUGUUCAAGAACUAAAAGAUGGCUGCUGCCCAGAAGCAUGUGCUGCGUGUGUAUGUUGAACGAGACACCGCCCUGAAACUUACUCUACUUGAGCGACCAAAGUCAGUGGAGGAGCUGAAAGAAAUAAUUCAAGAGAGGUUCAAGCCAAGACUGGAUGGGGACUUUAGCCUUCACUAUGAGGAUCCGGACUUUGAUGGUGAUCUUUGUCUCCUUGUGGACAUCCAGGAGUUACCAGAGAAGGGUACAUUAAGAGUUGUCAGACCUGAAAGCGACACCUUCUCUACUGCAUCUUCUGACACAGACAUACUCCCACAUGUACCUGCGAUACAGCGCCAGAAGAGUUGGCCUGAUGAAUUUGUUGUUCCUAGUUUUGGUUAUGAAAUGGAUCAUAUACUAGAAGAAGGAAAUCGAGUUUAUGAAGAAUCAGGAAAAUUGCUGAAGUUAAAGAGAUCACAGAAGAGUGAAAUCCUUAAAAAAAUGGCAGAAACAAUCUACAGUUUUAAAGCAUACGCACAUGACAAGGAAUUGGCAAUGACUGCUCAAGCUUUGAUUAGAGCUCAUCCAUGUCUCAGAAUGACAGCUGGUGAAGACGGGGCGUUGGGAUGGAAACGCCACAUGGGGUACAAGCUUGCAUCUUACCGUAACAAUCUGGCCAAAGCUGGGGUUGCAGAAGUAGCCAUCAACACAGGGAGGCGGAGCCGAAACAACCCCAACAAUGAUCACCCCCAUCAAAACAUAAAGAAAGCUCGAAAAGCUGAGGUCAACUACAUCACCAACCUACCGAAGGAUCAAACCCCAGCCUCUCUGGAAAAAAUGAGAGAACAGAUCAUGCAUGAAGUCGAAAAGACUGAGAGAAACUACUUAGUCAUAGGCAAGCUCAUGGACACAACCUAUGCCCUACGUCGCCAAGAAAUUGUUGGAGCUGUUGUAGCUCCACGAGUGAGAGACGUCGUGGACAGAUGGCCAGCCCUACUUAUGGAGUCACAGAUGGUUGCAGAGUUCCACCGAAUCAACAAUGUUAACCUGCGCACUCAAUUCUACAAGGAGCUGGACAGACACACGCCUAGACUCAUCACUUUGUUCCGAGACAAGGCCAUCAAGACUGGCAAGAUUGCAGAGGAGCUAGCAAAGCUCAUGAGAAUUUAUGACAUUCGGGAACAGCAUGAUGUAAAUACAAGACGGGCCCUCGUCCUUCGUGCACUUCCUGUGUACCUGCGUGAAGAUGCCUCCACGUUAUUCAGGACUUGUGAUUCAGCAGAUGGUCCAGACCUCACUGACACUCCUGUGGCUCUGCUGACAGUUGUCACGGAUGACACUACUGAUUCGGCCCUCUUCAGUCCCGAAAGCAUCUGCAUUGUCGUUGAGGAUGAAAUACUUGUGAAUGGUCCCACAAAUCUGGCUGACUCAUUUCUCCUGCUCUUUGGGUACAUCUAUGCACUAGACCUACAAUACCCAAAGAAACUUGAGCUUACAUUCACAUUUAUCCAGAAGGUUGUGAUGUGCCUUGAGGACAACAAACCACUGAAAGGGCGUCUACUGACGCUGAAGAAUGAUUUGUUCAAUGAGUGAAUCACUCAGAAUGGACUACUUGUUGAGCUGAGUAUUGAGGAAGCUUUUUUGUUUGUUUGUUUUUUUUCCUAAUCAUUUGGCUUUUCUACUUCAAAUUUAAAGUGAAUGACUGCUCAUUUUGUGGAAUAUUCAUGUUUAACGUUGUGUUGCCUAAUACCUUAAUGCACUACCUGACGUUUGUUCCCAGUUAUGUACAGUUGUAUAAACCAGUACAAAUCUGGAUUCCUCAUUUCUCCUGCUUUUUGGGUAGUUCUGUGCAGUAGACCUACAAUACGCAGACUCUCGAGCUUUUAUUCACAUGUAUCCAGAAGGUUGUGAUGUGCCUUGAAUACAACAAACCACUGUUAGGUCGCUUACUGAUGCAGAAGAAUUUGUUCAAGUGAAUCACUCGGAAUAGACAACUCGUUAAGCUAAGUAUUGAAGGUUUUUCUUGUUUUGUUUUGUUUUAUUUUUAACCAUUUUUUACCAUUUGCCUCUUCUACCUCACAUUUAAGAUGAAAGACUGUUCAGUUCAUGCACUAUUCAUGUUUAAUGUUCUGUUGCCCAAUACCUUAAUGCACUGCCUUGAUGUUUGUUCCCUAUAAGUACAGCAGUGGAAACCAGUACGGUUUUUUAUGUAUUUUUAAAAAAGAAAGUGAGCUGCAGCUGUCAAGGUACAGUAAGUGUUAAAUGCCUCAAUGUUCUAAUAGCUGCAAUUGCUGUUAAUACUGAAAAUGUUGAAUUUUAGACUUGAGAUGGAGACCCUUGGAGUCUUUUUCUCUUGUUUUAUUUAUGAAGCACUUUUUUAUGAGUGAGCUCUGUUGUUUGUGCCUUUUUAAAAGCACAUUGUGUUUAAUAAAAAGUUAAAUUGUUAGUGUUGUUACUUUCAUGUUUUCUAACACUUUUAGCUGAUUAUA